AUGACCGACAUUGAUUUUAAAACACAAUUGGCAGAUCGUUUGAAAAAAAGAACAUCGGGUGAAAACUAUGUCCAAACUACACCAACAAACACUACACCACAAAAACAGCAACCACCUCCACCCAACCCAAGAAAUAGUGUAAUCUCACCAUCAUUCCUUUCGCCACCACAAUCACCAAGACAACCACCACCUAUCAACAUAAGCAGCGGCAGCAACAGUAACAAUGGACCAGCCUCACCUCUAUUAAAACCACCCAUUCCAGACCGAAAGAAUCUAACACAGAAAUCCUCUUCACUUGGUGCGCUUCCAACUCCACCGAAAAUCAAUAGUUUUACUCCACCACCACCACCACCCUCUGCUGUCUCGAUGAACAGUCUCGCAAUGCCAGCGAACAAUGCCCAACUGCCAUUGCCACCUCCACCACCCUCCUAUUUAUCAACUCCACCACCUCCCAUCGCACCAAGGGAGCCAGUCGCCAAUCCACCUCCACCCUCGACAUCGCCACAAUAUAAGAAAUCACCUCCACAAAUACGUCAUCAUAUUAACCAUCCACCACCUCCACCCAUUCCAAAUCAACCGCCACCACAUUCGCCAAAUUCGAACAACCAAUUUGUAUCAAAACCAGCACCAUCCUCACCACACAACGCAAAUCUCCCACCAACUCUUCCACCCAUCACCAUUUCCUCGCCAACAAUGACACCGCCACCACCAAUCAGCUCCAAUGCACCAUUCAUGCCAAACAGACCAAGACAAUCGGUACACCACGCACGUUCUUCAUCGUUGGAUCCAAAGAUGAUGGCACAAGUACAAAACAUGAGCGCAAACAACAACAACAAUUCACCGGGACAUGCCAACUUUGCCAACCACGCUCCACAACCCCAAGCAUCGAUCCAAAAACGUAUGAGCAGCGAACUCCAACAAAAGAGACUGAGCCAAGACGCACUCAAGCUCAACACAAUGCUAAACAACAGAUUAUCAGGUGGUCUAUCACCUCCCAUUGUCAAGCCAUUCUUCGAUGACAAGGUUUUAAAUAACAACACAAAGACAAUCGAACUCAACAGUAAACGCGAACAAGAAGAAUUGGAAAGAAAGGAACGCGAACAAAAGAAGAAGGAAAAGAAAGAACAAGAAAAGAAAGAAAAGAAAGAAAAGAAAGAACAAGAAAAGAAAGAUAAAAAGGAUAAAAAAGAUAAGAAAUCAUCGUCAUCAUCAUCAUCAACUUCCGAUUCACAUAAUAAUAAUAAUAAUCAUUGUACAAUUUUCAGUAACAGUUUAAGUCAAGUUAUGGAAAUUCAACGUGAAAGACUCUUGGAGUACAGCAAUUUGAAUAUUCCAGUAAUUUUGAAGAUUUUGACAGAGAGUAUCAUUUCACUCGAUGGAUGUUCGACUGAAGGUAUUUUCAGAGUGCCAGGUACAAGCUCUGAAGUAAUGAGAAUUCGUCAGAAAAUCAACGAGUUGGAUUUCAGCUUGGACACUAACGACGUACAUGUGUUGGCAGGACUCCUCAAGCUCUGGCUGAGAGAAUUGACCGACCCUAUCAUUCCAAGUGCACUCUACGACGACUGCAUCAAAUCGUGGAAUUCAAAGAACGACAGUUUGAAACUUUUGAAUUCCAUUCCAACUCCCAACAAAGACGUUCUCUUCUUCAUUUUGAACUUCUUGAAAACCGUUUCCGAUCCGAUCUAUUUCAGUAAAUCAAAGAUGGAUAUCGAUAAUAUUGCCAUGGUAUUCGCUCCUGGUCUUCUAAGAUGUCCAUCAUCCGAUCCAAACAGUCUCCUACUAAACUCACAAUACGAAAAGGAUUUCAUCAAGAAUUUGAUUGAAAUCGUUUAA